GGCGGCGCGGGCGGCGGAGCAGUAAAGAUGGCUGCGCGUGGGUCUCCGCCCUCCUCUCCCGGCUGAAGCGCUCGGAGGCGGCGGCGGGGCGGCUCGGAGCAGCGGCGUUAUGGCAGAGCUGGAGCACUUGGGCGGGAAGCGGGCCGAGUCGGCGCGGGCGCGGCGGGCCGAGCAGCUGCGGCGCUGGCGGGGCUCGCUGACGGAGCAGGAGCCCACCGACCGGCCGGGCGCGGGGCGGCAGCCGCAGAGUCGGCGCGCGGGCCCGCGGGUCCGCUUCGAGGACGGCGCCGUGUUCCUGGCUGCCUGCUCCAGCGGAGACACCGACGAGGUGAGGCGGCUCCUGGCCCGGGGCGCCGACGUGGACACGGCCAAUGUCGACGGCCUGACAGCCCUGCACCAGGCUUGUAUUGAUGAAAAUCUGGACAUGGUGAAGUUUCUGGUGGAGAACAGAGCCAACGUAAACCAGCAGGACAACGAGGGCUGGACGCCCCUUCAUGCAGCGGCUUCCUGUGGCUACCUCAACAUAGCAGAAUAUUUCAUUAACCAUGGAGCCAGUGUGGGUAUUGUGAACAGUGAAGGUGAAGUUCCCUCUGACCUCGCAGAAGAGCCUGCCAUGAAGGAUCUGCUUCUGGAGCAAGUGAAGAAGCAAGGAGUCGACCUGGUGCAGUCCCGGAAGGAAGAGGAGCAGCGGAUGUUGCAGGACGCCCGACAAUGGCUCAACAGUGGGAAAAUAGAGGAUGUAAGGCAAGCCUGCUCCGGGGCCACCGCCCUGCAUGUGGCCGCCGCCAAGGGCUACUCUGAAGUCCUCAGACUCUUGAUUCAGGCUGGCUAUGAACUCAAUGUUCAGGAUCAUGACGGCUGGACCCCCCUCCAUGCGGCUGCACACUGGGGGGUGAAGGAGGCCUGCUCCAUCCUGGCGGAAGCCCUCUGUGACAUGGACGUCAGGAACAAGCUGGGCCAGACCCCGUUUGAUGUGGCCGACGAGGGUCUUGUGGAGCACUUGGAGAUGCUCCAGAAGAAGCAGAGCGUGCUUCGAAGUGAGAGAGAGACACGGAACAAGCUCAUUGAGUCAGACCUGAACAGCAAGCUGCACAGCCGGCUCUUUAAGAACAAAGAGAAGACGCUCUAUGAGGAGGAGACAUGCAAGUCCCAAGAGAUGGAGGACGAAGACAAAGAGUCCAGCAGCUCCAGCUCAGAGGAUGAAGGUGAAGACGAAGCUUCAGAGUCAGAAACUGAGAAGGAGGCGGGUGAUGCCGAGACUCACCGUCCCCAGAGCACGGGAGGUCACUGCUUGUCAGAAGAUAAAAAGCCAGAAGCCACUGUCAACCAUUCCCACUCUGGAAGCAAGAGCAGCGUUGUGGAGCAGAUACCAGCACCAGCACAGAACACCUUCACCACCUCUUCAGCCAGGAGAUUCUCCAGCCUCUUCAACAAGUCGGAAGAGCCCAAAGAUGAGUCUCCCUCUUCGUGGAGACUGGGACUCAGGAAGACCGGCAGCCAGAGCACGCUGAGCGAGCCGGCCACUGCCAGGGAGGCCCUGCGGGACCGCGGCCCGUCCGUCUGCCGCUCGGCAUCCAGUCCCCGCAUUUCUGCUCUGUUGGGCGACAGGGAUAAGGAGAGAGAAAACAAAAGCUAUUUCAGUUCCCUAGUGCCCCGGAGGCUCAGCAGCACCCCCGACCCUGAGGAGAAGGAGAACAGGGAGUCAGCGGCUAACCUGGUGAGGAGCGGCUCCUACACGCGGCCGCUGUGGAGGGAUGAGGUCCCGCAGACACCUGCCCCGUCCACCUGCAUGUCCACCUACCUGAGAAGGACCCCCUACAGAUCCCAGGCUGACACCACAGCAGAGAGGACAGCGGACAGCAUCUCUUGCAGCACCCCGCUCAGUGUGAUCACGAACCGCCCCCCACCCAGCACUGCCAAUGGGGUUACGGUGGCUGCCGUGCUCUCCGCUCCUGGAACGGACUCCACUGUGGAAGCCAGGGACAGGAGGAGGUCGUGUCUGACCCCUGUGCGAGAUGAGGAGGCAGAGUCGCUACGGAAAGCACGUUCCAGACAAGCUCGGCAGACUCGGAGGUCUACGCAAGGUGUGACGCUGACGGACCUUCAGGAGGCAGAAAGGACUUUCAGCCGGGCGAGAGCAGAGCGCCAGGCGCAGGAGCAGCCUAGCCCGGAGCCUGGGCCCCCAGCGGGACUCGAGGGUGGCACCCAGAAGCACGAGCCCCCAGCAGCCCCUGCAAAGGAAGCUGGAGAGAGCCAGUCACCCUGGGGCCAGAGUACUGACGAGGAGCCUGUGUAUCGUCGCCUGAGGGGUCCAGCUCAGCCGGACAAACCCACGAGCCCAGUGUCUUCUGCACCACAAUCCUCUCUCUACACGGGUCCCCACCUGCUCCGGAAAAGUAGGUCUUCAGCCCCCGAUCCUGAGAGCUCAGAGGCCACCACGGGCACUGCAGUUGCAAAGGAAAUGGACAGAAAUGAGGGCGAUGAAGCGGGUGUGGACGAUCAGUCCACUAACAGGCUGUCCGCUCGGGAGAGGAGGCGGCCCAAGGAGCGCCGGAGAGGCACAGGCAUCAAUUUCUGGACGAAGGACGACGAUGAAACCGAUGUCUCAGAAGAGGUGAAAAAAGCAUGGCAUGACAGACUUUCUAGGUUGGAAUCAGGAGGCAGCGAGGCCGGCGGGGAGCGGGCGUCAGCGCGAGCCCGCCGGGAGGCCCGCCUCGCCUCCCUGACCGGCCGCGCGGAGGAGGACAGCGGCAGGGACUAUAAAAAGCUGUAUGAGAGUGCCCUGGCGGAAAACCAGAAACUGAAGACAAAACUUCAGGAGGCCCAGCUGGAGCUGACAGACGUGAAAGCCAAGCUGGAAAAGAUGGCCCAGAAACAGGACAAGACCUCUGACCGGUCGUCGGUGCUGGACGUGGAGAAGCGGGAGAGGCGAGCCUUGGAGCGGAAGAUGUCGGAGAUGGAGGAGGAGAUGAAGGUCCUGACGGAGCUGAAGUCCGACAACCAGAGGCUGAAAGAUGAGAACGGCGCCCUCAUCAGGGUCAUCAGCAAGCUGUCCAAGUAGUGGGGGGCACCUGCUGCCACCCCUGGGGCCCUCGUCCAGCCGCCUCCGUCCUGGUGCCCCCCCUGCAGCCCCACCCUGGGUCUUGGGCAGUUGUCACUGAAGCCUGACUGCGAUCCUUGGAGCCAUGGGGGCCAUUGGGAGAAGGCCAUGUUGUCACCAGGCCCAGCCGCCACCUCGCCCCCAGCUGUGCAUCCACAUCGGAUUUGGUCCAGGCGUGUGGGGCCUCCACUGGAAGCAACGCCCUGGACCUGAUGCUGGGCAGCGGCUCUGACGUGGGGGCUGUCCAGCGCCAGGAGAACAGGUGUUGGGACACCCUUGGGGACCCCAGGGUGAUAGCAGCUGUGGUCCUCAUCUCUCAGGAACUGACUUGUCCCCAGCUGCCCUCUGCCGGUGGUGGUAUCUUUUCACCAACAGCCCAGUAACACCCGACUGGUCUUAAGCUUGUUCCCGCGUGUCUGGCCCGCUCCCCAGGGCGCGGGUGACCUGGCCCGUUCCUUCCUACUCUGCUCUAUCCGUCAGCUGCACUGCACAUGCCCCAGGUGUAGACACACCACCAGCCUCUCCCUGCACAGCCAGGCCUGCUCUCCAGCCCACGUGCCUCCCCCGCACAGCGGAAGUUGUGCCCUGAGCACAGGAAGUUGGGCCCUGAGCACCAUCUGCGUCCCUCCCUUGGCCUUGACCUCGACCUCAGGGGUGGUUGCUGGGAGGGCGCAGGGCACAGGCAGCUGUGAGCAGAGUGUCUGAGGCCCCUGCGCCCCAACGCAGGGACACAGAGCACCAUGCACAGGGUGGGGGGCUGGCUUUGGGGGAGACGCUGGUUCUCCUAGACCCCACCGCAGGGAUGACCUGUCCACAGAGGGCAAGGGUGAGACACAGGGACCCCCGCCCCCACAUCCCGGCCAUGGUCGGGAGGCCUCUGGCCUCUGACCAGCAGAAAGCUGCCCCGCUUGAGGUGAGAUCCUCCUGGGCCCGUGGAUCAGCCCACCUGGCACACUCUUCGCUUCUGUUCUGUCCCGGCCAUCCUCCUCCUGUGCCCUGAGGCUGCCUCCUAAGAUGUCUUGCCAGACCUCAGGGGCCACCUGGCUUCAGUCCUGUGCCCAGUUCAGUCCGUUCUCGAGGCCCCAGUGCUAAUACCCGAGUGUCCACUUUCUCUAAGAGUGCACUCCUUUGCUGGUUUGAGUGUGCAGGUCGUCUGAGGGUUGCUGGUGACAUUCGGUGUUUGGGGGUCUGUCUGGCUUUUCUUUCUUUCCAGAAAGUGGCAGUGUAGCUCUCUAGGGUCCUCAGAAAUAUCACACGCUCGUUAAACUGGAGCUGCCACCCAAGCCCCGGAUCCCAGAAUAGGACACCGUCCCCUCUGGCAGAAGCCCUUUCUUAGGGGGGCAUGAAACUAACACACCCACCUUUUUCCAGGCACAAUUGUGGUGAGGGUUUGUGUCGUCCUGAGACCUGCAUUAGCAAAGCGCCGCGUGUUCCUGGGUCUGGGGAGGGGAGGUGACAUGGGCCUCUGGCCUCACACUCCCAGCACAUCCUGGACUUGGGCAGGGGCUGCCUUUUCAGGAAAAGAGGAUUGAAUGGCCAGGAAGUCACCUGGACCCGCUUGUAUUAGACCAGGCGGAGGGGUUUCAGGCCACUCUCAGCUCUGUGUGUGCCUUUUGGGGGUGAGAACUGGGUCGUAGGGCCUGAGUUGGUGACAGUAUGGACCAGCCCUAUGACCUCAGGGCCUUCCUCACACAGCUGGCUCUAUCACACAGACUCCAGUUCUGGUCUCUUUCCAGAGACUCGGAUUCAGUUUCUUCAAGCCAUGCUGUCCCUGAGGUGAUGGCCUUGGGCCUGGUGCUGGGGGCUCUGCCUGUCACAUUAGCACCCAGACAGGAUUCAGCAUUGGGGGGGAGGGUCCUCGUUCUCCUUGGAUUGCUGUUUCCUGGAUCAAGCCAUCCUGAGAGUCUCUGCUGAGGCUUCACCUCCAUCCCCAUCCAGUCCUGGGGACCCCGUGUGGCCCCCUGCCUCUGGCAAGUCUCUCUGCCACCCCUGCAGCCGCCUGCCCUCUGCCCACCUGCUCCUCUUGGGGCCUCCCACCCCCGCUCCGUGUCCAAGACCCAGGUGCACGUCUGGCCCUGAGCCUCUGGAGAGGGGCUCAGGGCUCUGUUUGCGGUCAUUUCACCCACUUCCCUGCGCUGAGCACACCAGAGGCAGCACAAGCCCCAUUCAGGAAGAAGGGAGCUGAAGUGGCACUUAAGGCCCUUGGACUCCAGGAGGCGGGAGCCCUGCAGCUUCUCCACUGGGGCCUUGAAGGAGCCAGUGGGGGCAAGCAGCUCGUGUGCACCUCUGGGUUUCUGCCCUGGUGCCACCUUUGCCACCCGUGACUCAGACAAGGGCCGGGGUGUGAAUCCAGGCCAAGGGUGCUCCUGUGGGUGGCGAGAGGUGCCUCCAGCCACCUUGCUCCUCAAGGGGAAGCCAGCAGGGGGUCCCCACUUCUACCCGCUGCCACCAGGGGAGCCCCUGGGCCCCUGGCCUCCAGCCCUCCACCCAGCACCUGAGCCACAUCAGUCACAAUGGCCCUGCCCCCGUCCCACCCGUCACAGCUGUGCACUCAGCCCCACAUGGGGUUCAGCAGCUCCAGGGGUGUGAGGCCCCCUGGACGUGGGGGCACCCGUGAGGGCAGAGGGGGGCAGUGCAAGAGGAUGGGGCUGCUGCCUUAGGGGCCUUGUGACCGGGUAUGAGCCCAGGUAGGGCUGGCUGGUCUUUGGGGAGGAUCUAGGCUUGAAGUGCUAUGGGCUGUUUAUUCCUUAGGAAGAUCAGAACUUUUCUUAAACUCAGGAUUCUUGCUCUGACUUCUUGAUGCAAACCAUGUGCAGAAGUUGGGAGUGGAUUUACCCCAAGGGUGACCAUCCUGGGCUUGGAGGAACAUGGACGCCGGCGGGGUUAGAAGGGGGUUCUGGUGGGAGCUGAGCACAACCCCGCCUUAGGCAGUGAGAGGCCUUCUGGAAUGAAAACUCAUCCCUGGCUUCUGGGGAGCCAUCAGAUCUGGACCUGGGCUGUCGGAGGGGGAGAGGGCAUGGCAGGGAGUCUACACGGCCAGGGAGGGGCCCUGGGGGAGGGGCCGCCCCCUAGAGCCCUUGUCCCCCAGCCUCUUGCAGAGACCGCUCAGCUCCCUGGCAGGUUGGGCUCAGGAGCAGCAGAGCCUGCCAAGGACACUGACAGUUGCUCUUGCUCUGAUUAGACUGAAGACAGAUCACCUUCAUGGCAGCCCGGGAAUUGCCAUUGUCACCACUCCUUGGGAAUGAGGUGGACUCUGGGGGCUGAGAAAGGCCAAAUUGAGAGUCCCGACAGCCAGCUGCAGCCAUGUGGAUGGUGCAGUCACUCCCAGAGGAGCUGUGGGGGAUGUGGGGUUGAACUAUGUGUCUCAGGAGCCCCUCCUGGGAGAACUGUCUGCAGACGGGCACCAGCGAGGGCUGUUCCGACCUCACCUUGGAAGCUUUAGCACCUUGGGCGCCACUCUUGCUUCCAGCCUGUGUGCACACGCGCACGCUUGCUGCACAGACAUUUCAGAACAUGGUCUGAUCGCCCAGCUUCAGCCAAGUGUGUUAUUCUGUUAACUCCUAUCUUUUGUCUCUCCUCCCUCUGUCCCCAGAGCUUCUCUCUGAGCUUCUCCAGUUCAUCUGCUUAUCAUUUUGGACAGUGGAGCUGCCGGAGGGAAUUUUGUUACUCCCCCAGGUUUCCCCUAACGUUCCCAGUGGACUUUUCCCAGCGUGGCCCUUUAAGGGACCUCAGGCUCCUGUCCUUCCAGCGUGAACCCCUCUCCCCCUCCCUCUCUCGUCCUCCACACUUUGUCCUUGAUCCUUCCAGUUGGAGCAACGAUGCUUGAGAGGGGAGCGCAGUCAGCGCCGACUCUCCAGGCUCCAAAGCGCCCCAGCCAUGCCACCUGCCCUCGGAGGUGAGGUUGGCCCGAGGUCUGGCCAGGGCGACCCCAGGCAGCCCCGCCUGGUCUGCUCAGCCCUGUUUGCAGCAGGACAGUGGGAAAACUGAACUGCAUCGGUGCAUCUGGCACAGCAGGUCGGCUGUGGUUGCUUCACAGGAGCGGAUUCGGGGAGUCUAGGCCUGUGGGUGCAGCCAGGCCCUGGGGAGACAGGAUGGAGGGAAGGGUGGGGGCUGGAGCCCAGGACCCCGGGGCAGGAGGGGAGGCUGCAAAGGCUCCUGUUCCUGCUGAGUGUUCAGACCCAGGCAGCAGCUUCAUGGUGCCCCCCACACAUACCGUGGCCUUGGUCAGGCAGGUGGAAAGUGGGUACUUCAGGGGUAGUGUUUUGUCUCCCAUCACUUCACCCUGGUCCCCUCUCCCUCCCGUGAAAGCUCCCAAUGGGACUGUUUCUCUUGGCUCCUUGUAAAUACACCUGGGUGGGUGGGGGUUCAGGGAGGGGCCCAGAUUCGCUUUGUGAGCUGAAUGUAUUUUUAUGCAAUUUUGAGUGGCCUUUCAACCCUGAGAUGAAUGACUGUGUUUCACUGGUUAUUAUAUAGUAUUAUUAAGUAUUAUGUGUUUUGAAAGUUUGGAAAUAAUAUUCACAUCUAUAUGAUGCCUGUAAACACAACAGUAUUUAUAAAUGAGUAAAUUAAAUUGUGUUUUACCUUUG